UAUUUUAGGUCAGCUGUGCCGAAAGUUACAUGCUUAUUUCCAGGAAGCCUGUCGUUCAUUCAUCAAACCUUUUCAUUUUUUGUAAUAAUAAAGACAAAAUAUAUUAUAUAUACUGACCACAAUGAAAGCCGUGAUCCUGGCCGCUGGAUACGGGACCCGGCUACAGCGGGACGUGCUAGCGGACAGUAGCGGGAGAUUCGCUCACCUGGCCGGGGUCGCCAAGCCGCUGCUGCCGGUGGGACACUGCGCUCUGAUCUCCCACUGGGUCAAUGCCCUGACAGCUUCUGGAUGUGUGGACUGCAUUUAUGUCGUUACUAAUGCUCUUUAUUGUGCUGCAUUUGAAGAGUGGGCAACACAGUUCUCAAAUGUUAAAAUUAUAAGUGAUGACACGAGAACCAAUGAGGAGCGCCUGGGGGCUGUGGCCUGUCUCCAGCUUGCAGUGAAACAUUUUCAAAUUAAAGAUCAUGUUAUAGCGAUUGGUGGUGACACACUUUUCAAAGAAGAUUUCAGUCUGACUCAAGUAAACAAAAGAUUUCAUGAGCUUCAAGCUAAAAGUGAGGACAGCUGUUUAGUUCUGUCCUACCUGUGCAAAGAAGAGGAAACACGUAAAUAUGGAAUCCUGGAAGUUGAUGACGACCUGCGUGCCCAUUGUAUGAAAGAGAAGCCCCUUCCAACUGAGACCACAUCAAGAAGAGCAUGUCCUUGUUAUUACAUGUUUUCAAAGAAGAGCUUGUCUCUAUUAGAGGUUUUUCUUGAGGAAAAGAAGACUGCCCCAAUAGAAGAGAAAGAUGCACCUGGAAUCUUUGUGUCUUGGAUAAUUUCAAGGAAGCCAGUGUACGUCUAUCCAAUCUCCGGUCGUUUUGAUGUUGGGAAUCUGCCCUCCUACAUAGAUUGUGACCUUUACUUCAAAGAAAAAUUACAAGAUGUUCAAUCCUACAUGAUCUAAACACAUUUUAUUAGUA